GCAGAGGCGGCGGGAGGAUGACGCUGCAGGCAGCAGGGUUCAUCACGCCGGAGUUUGACGUGGCACUCCGCUCAGCCACUCUGCCCCAGCGUCAGUUAGACAGGACAGGCGGCGUCCCUCUGCCUUCCCGAAUCACUCCACAGGUUGCUGAUCUUCUGUCAGUCUGGAAUGAAAGAACUCUAACAGGAAGAUGAGCCAGCAGGGUUAUGUUGCUACACCUCCUUACUCCCAGGCUCAGCCAGGAAUAGGGGGCUAUCCCACAGGAUUUGGAGCUUCCCCUCCACAAGCCCACUAUGGGCACUAUGGAGCCCCACCACAACCCUACACUGCACAAGCAGCAGGUGUGCUGAAGCCAGCAGCCUCCUCCCCUUCUGGGAUGCCUCCACCACCUGUGUCUAGCCAAUAUGGAUCGCCCAUUCAGCAAAACGGCGCACAUUCUCAGAAGUUCCCCCCUCCUGCAGUCUCUGCCCCUGCCAUGCCUCCCUAUGGACAGCCCCUUCAAAGACCUGCUUACCAGAGCAUGGCUCAGGCAACACCUCCAACCCAACAGAUGACCAAUCAGAUGAGUGCUAUGAGCAUUGGUGGAUAUGGCCAGGGUCCCCUGCAGUCUCCUCAGUCACCCACCAGUUCUGCAGCACCACAGCCUUACCAAAUGCCUUCAGCACCAGCAAUGGGGCAUCCACCCAUGUCUCCCACAGGCCACCAGCCUCCCUCGAUGAGUGCCUGUCCACCAAUGACAGCUGGCCCUCCCAUGGGUGCAACAGGAGCUCCACCAAUGGGAAUGCCUAACUCACAGCCUGGCCUUCCCCCGAUGGGUGGAGGUGGAUUCCAGCAGCCAGGAGGACCUCAGGGCUUUCCUCAACAGCCAGGGCCGUAUGGAGGGCAGAUGCCAGGGUCACAAAUGGCAGGGCCUCAGGCAGGUGCUUUCGCAGGAGGCUUCCCUGGAGGAGCCGCCCAUAUGGCUGGGCCUCCUCAGAAGAAAUUGGACCCUGACUCUAUACCAAGCACAACUCAGGUGAUCGAAGAUGACCAAGCUAAGAGAGGUGGUCAGCUCUACACCACAAACCUCAGGGGUCAGGUGCCUCCUUUGGUCACGACCAGUUUCACAGUCCAGGAUCAAGGAAACGCUAGCCCCAGGUUCAUGCGAUGCACAACUUAUUCAUUUCCCUGUUCCUCUGACCUUGCCAAGCAGUGCCAAGUGCCCCUGGCCACCAUCAUCAAACCUUUUGCCACCGUGCCCAAAAAUGAAACUCCUCUGUAUGUGGUAAAUCACGGAGAGGCAGGACCUAUACGCUGUAACCGCUGCAAGGCCUACAUGUGCCCGUUCAUGCUCUUCAUUGAUGGAGGGCGGCGCUACCAGUGCAGCUUCUGCAACUGUGUCAACGAGGUUCCUGUCCAGUAUUUCCAGCAUCUGGACCAUAUGGGUCGAAGAGUGGACCUAUAUGAAAGACCAGAGUUGUCCCUAGGCUCCUAUGAGUUCACUGCUACUCUGGAUUACUGUAAGAACAAUAAGCCCCCGAAUCCUCCAGCUUAUAUCUUCAUGAUUGAUGUCUCCUAUAACAACAUAAAGAGCGGGCUGGUCAAACUGAUAUGUGAGGAACUGAAGACGCUUUUAGAUCGGCUUCCAAAGGAAGAAGGAGCUGAGAGUUCAUCCAUCAAGGUGGGUUUUGUCACCUACAAUAAGAUCCUGCACUUCUACAAUGUGAAGAGUGCGCUGGCUCAGCCCCAGAUGAUGGUGGUAUCAGAUGUGGCAGAGAUGUUUGUGCCGCUGCUUGAUGGAUUCCUUGUGAAUUUUCAGGAGUCAAGAGCUGUCAUCAACAAUCUACUGGACCAGAUCCCAGACAUGUUUGCUGAUACCAAUGAGAGUGAGACAGUUUUUGCCCCAGUCAUUCAAGCUGGUGUUGAGGCACUAAAGGCAGCUGAGUGCAGCGGCAAGCUCUUCAUCUUCCACUCCUCACUCCCUACUGCAGAGGCUCCGGGCAAAUUGAAGAACCGAGAUGACAGGAAGCUGGUGAACACUGAGAAAGAAAAGAUUCUGUUUCAGCCACAGCGGGGUGUGUACGAACAGCUGACUAAAGACUGUGUUGCCCAGGGUUGCUGUGUGGACCUCUUUGUGUUCCCAAACCAGUAUGUGGACAUGGCCACUAUGGGCGACAUCCCUACACACACUGGUGGCUCAGUGUACAAGUACAGCAACUUCCAGGUCCAGAUAGAUGGUGAACAUUUCCUCACUGACUUGAGGCGAGAUGUGGAGAAGUCCAUUGGAUUUGAUGCCAUCAUGCGUGUCCGUACCAGCACAGGUUUCAGAGCCACAGACUUCUUUGGUGCCAUCUACAUGAACAACACUACCGAUGUGGAGAUGGCAGCAGUGGACUGUGACAAGGCUGUUACUGUGGAGUUUAAACACGAUGACGCUCUUAAUGAGGAGGCUGGGGCACUAAUACAGUGCGCUCUGCUGUACACCUCUAUCAGUGGUCAGAGACGGCUGCGCGUCCACAACCUCAGUCUGAAUUGUAGCUCUCAGCUCUCUGAACUCUACAAGAGCUGUGAGACUGAUGCACUCAUCAACUUCUUUGCCAAGUCAGCAUACCAUGCAAUUCUAAACCAGCCUGUGAAGACAGUGAGGGAGAUUCUGGUUAAGCAAACAGCUCACAUGUUGGCCUGCUACAGGAAGCACUGUGCCAGCCCCUCUGCAGCCAGUCAGCUGAUCCUGCCUGAUGCUAUGAAGGUGUUCCCAGUGUACAUGAACAGCCUGAUGAAGACUCCAGUGCUGGUGGGCAGUGCAGAGCUCUCUACAGAUGAAAGAAACUUCCACAGACUCAGUGUCAUGUCUACGGGAGUGGAGGAGAGCCAGAUCCUCCUUUACCCGCGUCUCAUUCCCCUGCACUCCAUGGAUGUAGUGAAUGAGGCAGUGCCGGCUGCAGUGCGCUGCUCUGAGGAGCGUCUGAGUGAGACCGGUGUGUUCCUGCUGGAUAAUGGCCAGAAUCUGUUCCUGUGGCUGGGCCAGGCCUGCCCCCCUGACCUCAUCCAGAGUCUCUUUAAUGUGCCAUCCUUGGCCCACCUCAGCCCUGACAUGACUUCAUUGCCAGAGCUGGAUAAUGCCCAGUCUAAGAAGCUCCGCUCCAUCAUCUGUGCCAUCUCCCAGCAGAGGCCCCACUCCAUGAAGAUGGUAAUUGUGAAGCAGAAAGACAAGCCAGAGAUGCUGUUCCGCCAACAUCUAGUGGAGGAUAAAGGUCUACAUGGAGGAGCAUCAUACAUUGACUUCCUAUGUUAUGUCCAUCGUGAGAUCAGGCAGCUCCUCACCUAAUACAGAUACACACACACAGUUUUACAGAGGAAAUAUGUCUAAGACAGCACACAUCUUGAACUUGAGCUGCCUUUGAUGAUGGUACUACACCUUCAGGACUUUACGUACAUGUGCUUCUUUUGUCAAUUUCAAUAGAAUUCCUGUUUGGAAAAAAAUCAUUCCAGUCUUUGCUUGAUUAUAUGUACUAGUAUGUAUUAGGGUUAAGCUUUUUCAGAUAGCAUAGGAAAACAGAGGGUUCCCAGAUGACCCAAAUUCCUGAAAUAUUAUAUACCCUGUUUAUUUUAUCAACAGGAUAAUGAAACAUGACAUUACAUGGCUACAAAUCAUUCACAAUGUCUAUUUUAAAAAAAUACUUAAGUCAAGUAAAAGGCCCUUUUUCAUUAACAAGUAAAACAUGCUGUGUCUAUUAAAUUAAUAGAUGGCAACUUUGAAUAGUAUUAGAAUAGUUAGAUCCAGUAAAACAAAUCAAUUACCUUAAAUUCAUUGAUUCUAUAAAAACAAACAUAAUACAUAUUAAUUCAUCAAACUAAGGAAAACCAUUACAUGCUUAACUUUAUGUACGCUCCAUUGUCAACACUUAUCUUGACUUUGUCUUCAUUAUAGUGCCAUUCAUUUUGCAAUUUUGUACAUCAAACAUAUAUUUUGUGCAUUCAGCCACCUUACAAUAGUGUAUAAUCUAAAAACCAUGAAAUAACAGUAUAAAGCAUAUCUUGUACAAGUUUUUUCCAUGCUUAUGGAACAUGUCCGUGUUAGUUAUAUGGAAUUCAAGCUGGUCAGAAAAGUUUCAUAUUAAAAUCUGCCUUAAUUUUUAUUUUUUUUAAUGGUUUUCUCUAGAUGUUUACUGUAUAUUUUAUUACAACUGGAGAUGUAUUUGAAAGACUAUGGUUUGUAUGCAAACAUGCCUCAGGUAACCCAUGUACUUAACCUUUGUAGAGCAUAGGUAGACUUGUACAUGUACCAUGUACCUGCUUAUAGUAGUGUAAAACUAGAGGGAUGUGUUAUUUUUGAUUUGGGAAAGGCGGAUUCUUUUGUUGAGACAAGGAUGCCAUGUCAUACAUUUCAGUUUAAAGCUUUUACAAAAUAUUGGAAUAAAAGUGUAGUCUUCAUUGGAA